UCCCCCUCCCCCCCGCAACAUGUCAGACUGGGACACCGCGCCUAUCACCCUCCGCAAACGUGUACCGAAGUCGUCCACGCUGAAGACCGAGAAGGCGGUCAACGACGCUCGGCGGCAGGGUUACACCGUGGAGACGCAGGCGAAAUGGGGUGGCGGCGCGAACAGGCAGCACGUGACGACGAAGAAUACAGCCAAACUGGAUCGUGAGACAGAGGAACUGAAGCACGAUCAGAUCCCACUCGAACUCGGCAAACUUAUCCAGCAAGGACGACAGGGCAAAGGAAUGUCGCAAAAGGACCUGGCCACGAAAGUGAACGAGAAGGCGCAAGUCAUUAACGACUACGAAGCGGGACGUGGAAUACCGAACCAGAUGGUGAUCGGCAAGAUCGAACGAGUGCUCGGAAUUAAAUUGCGCGGUAAAGAUCGUGGCAAACCGUUAGCGGCCCCCGGGACGAAGAAGUGAAUCUCGGGGGGAAGCAAUGUCUAUCUUUCGAUCCUUAUACACGGUUCCCAAGGAAGUACUAUGAGAAAGACGGUAGAACGGAACGCAACAAAUUUAUAAAAAAAAAACACAAACCCCUACCCUCUUUUCCUUUUGAUUAUACGGAUAUUGUGAAAAUGGUAAAAAAAAUGGGUUAUACUUGUCUUCACGUAUGAAAUAAAAGAAACAUAUUUUAGGAUAUCACGUAUGGAGUAAUAUACGAUUACACACGGUUCAUACAGUAACAUAGCGUAACGUUGAACAAGGCUUAUUGAGUUACCUUCGCGCGUAAUCGUUUGUUAUAGAUUUUUAAGUGUACAUUACUAAUGCUAAUCAUGGAGUAAAAGCGAAGUAUAUGUUUGAGUGACAGAAUAAAAUUCUUAAUUUAUGAUAAAGUA